UGUGAAAUACUUAUCAAAAGUUAAAUAGAAAACGUUAAAAUAACCAUACGUACAUUUAAAUACAUUGAAUAUUUGUGUUGUGUUUUUUCACUUUUAUUAACUUGGCCAUAUUAAGAGUGGAAACGUAAAAUAAAGAGAAAUUUGAAAAAACAGCAAAAAUAUCAAAGUACAAAAAGAAAAAAAAAAGAUUGAUAACAAACAGAAAAACACCUUUUUAUAAUGGUUAAAGCAAAAAAUACAAUAAUUGAUAACAAACAAAUAUUAAAUAUUUUAUAGAGAAGUCAUAACAAAUACUCCCGCUGUGGCGGUAACAACUCAAUACAAGUUUUAUUUUUUGUGAUUUUUGUAUAUUAAUUGUAGUAAAAGUUUUACACAAAACAACAAAAAAAUAUUAAAAUAAAUUAAAUUGCAAGCGUUACAUACGGAAUAAUAAAAUUAUAAAUAAUAUUGCAAAAAGUUUAAAAGUGUAAACAGCAACUCACAUAACACUAAGAAAAAAAUGUUAAAAAUUCUUAAGAAAUGGCUAAAAUUAAUUUAACAAAUCAACAUAAUCAAGAAAAUCUGGGUGCAUUGGCCUCUUUGGGUGUCUUAAUGUGCAUGGUGGUCACCAUAGUGGGCAUAAAAUUAUGGUGGUUUAAACAUCGUUUAUCAUUCGAACAGACCAGCACCCAAAAUGGUGCUGCCGGGGGUACAACACCCGCAGUUAUAGUGCCGCGCAGAAGUAAACAGCAAAAGUAUAAAAAGGAUAAAAGAUAUUCGCAACAAAUCUAUGACAGUGUUGAAGUUCAUGGUGUUUUCCGACAAAAACGAGAAGAUGAAUUGGAAAUUCAACGACCCCAACAACUGCCACCGGUACGCAUACGUCAAAUGUCUGAUAGUACAUCCUCCCUAAUAUUACCACCACCUCGCAACAAAAGAAGAGAUCAAGUACAUUCAACAGCAUUUGAAGAUCUAGAAAUUGCAGCACAUCCCCUAACAACCGCCUCAUCUUCAGAUCUAACAGCAAUACAUGAGAGCAAUACAAAAAUAUCUCUAACAUUUGAGGAAUUUGAAAAACAAUUUAAACUAAAAGAAAUAAAAUCCGAAGUUCCGGAAGCACGCAGCUCAAAUGAAGCAAUCGAGGUACCCGAGCCACCGUUACGUUUAAAUCGCAGCAGUUCGGCCAUGGUAAAGCCGGAAAAGACCCAGCGUUACUUGAAAUCAUCUCAAUCUAUAACCAUACCAGAAUUUCAUAAAAAUAUAGAGCGCAGACCCACCGGUUUCUCUAGGCCCACAGAAGAUUUAACCAAAAUCGAUAAUUACGAUGAACCAAAACUAUUUGAAACCUUUGGAGAGCGUAGGCCUACCGGUUAUAUCAAGUAUGAAGAAGUUGAUGUUGAUUUGCAGGAACAAUAUGAAAAGGAGCUAAAUGAAGAGGCAGCUAAAGAUGAUUGUAGAUGGGAAAGUCCCAAAGAUUUUCCAGCUCUAGAGGCUUUGAGAAAUGAACGUAUUGUUUAUAACAAUAAUUUAAACGAAAGUCCCGAUGUACAAUUUACAGAAAAGUAUAAUUUCAAUAUAAAGUCCUACAAAUUGAAAGAAUUAGAGGAUGUAGAAUAUAAAGAAGAGGACUUCAUUGAUCACACAACGAAUAAAGCUGCAGAAAUUAAAGAACUCUCCUCGGUAACAUUUGAGGAAUUAGAUACGGAAAAUUAUGAAAAUACUGAAGAAGUAUUAAAUACAGAUUAUCGCACAGUUAAGGAUCGAAGACCCACUGAGUUUGUUAAAGACGCUCAGAAGGAUGAAGUGGAAUUCGAAAGUGAGUUUAAAACAGUUAAGGGAAGAAGACCUACUGAGUUUGUUAAAGACGCUCAGACAGAUGAAGAGGAAUUCCUAACUGAGUUUAAAACAGUUCAAGGACGCAGACCAACUGAGUUUGUUAAAGACUCUCAAAGCGAUGAUGAGGAAUUUGUAACUAAAUUCCAUUCAGUUGAUGAAAGAAGACCUACCCAGUUUUGCAAUGAUCCACAGACUGCAGAAGAAUUUGUUACUGAGUUCCGUUCAGUUAAGCAACGAAGACCUACAGAGUUUGUUAAAGACUCUCCCGGAGUUGAAGAGGAAUUUAUAACUGAAUAUCGUUCCGUUAAAGAACGAAGACCUACUGAGUUUGGUAAAGACUCUCCAGAACUCGAAGAGGAGUUUAUUACAGAAUUCCGUUCAAUUAAGGAACGAAGACCUACGGAGUUUGUUAAUGAUGCACAAGUCAACGAAGAAUAUGUAACAGAAUAUCGCUCUGUUAAAGAACGAAGACCUACCGAGUUUGUCAAUGAACCUAUGUUUGAUACUACAACCAAUGGAAAUUCCGAAUUUUUUGAAUCUUCUAGUUUGCAAGAAGAUUUCGACAAUCAAUUCUCUAGCUGGCCUCAAUUUGAAGAGAAAAUCGAAACUCCAAAAGUAAAUGUAAGAAGGUUUAAUAACUCUGAUUUUGAGCAACAAAUCAGUUUCGAGGAUGUGGAAGAUUUUACUGUCACAAACAUCAAGGAAAAAUCUUCUAUUUCAUUUAAUGUUACCGAAAUUUCAAGCGAAACUAACGAAAAAUUCACCCUUAAUCAAAGAAGACCUACAGGCUAUGUAAGAAAUUGCCCUGAAUCGCCAGAACUAAGUGAAUCUGAAGAAUGGCAAGAAACUUUCCAUAGUCAAAAGAAAAUUUAUAGUCAAGUGCGUUCCUUAAUGACCACAGAAACCUCAACACAUAUAGAACAGCGGGAGGUAUCGUUUGAUUCCUCGGCGGUACUAAAUUCUGAUAGUGAGGAUUACACUAAUUCGGUAAUAAAACAAAGACGACCAACUGGAUUUGUAAGAAAAGACGAAUAUUCCGUUACAUUUAAUGAUGAAUCUGAUGGGGAUAAUGAUGACGAAAAUUGGUCUUCUAACCAAAAAACCCCUACUGGUUAUAAACGAAAUAAUGUAGAGAUAGAGGAAAUCCAACCACCAAAAGUGAAAUUUGAAGACAGUGAAUUUUCCACUUGGGCGGAGAGUGAAACGGAAAAAUUUACACUUAAUCAAAGAAGACCUACUGAGUUUGUAAGAAAUGAAAAUAAUGAAGCAGUCUGGAAUGAUAUUAGCUUACAGAAAGAUUCUGAAAAUUUCUCCAAAAGCCAAGUGAAAUUCGACACAUCUACAGAUUUUAAAGAUGAGCAAGAAAUUUGGGAUUCUGAUAUCAAACAAAGAAGACCCACAGGUUAUGUACAAAAACUGGAAAAACUCAAUUUAACAGAUGAAGAAGAUGAUUUUCAUAAUUCUCAAAUUAAACAAAGACGACCAACCGGCUUUAAUAGAGAAAUUUCUUUAGAAGAUGAAGAAUAUACCAACAACCAUUUUGAAAAUAAAGAAAUUCCCCAUAAUCCCACAGUUAGAUUCAAGGAAAUGGAGAACAGAUUUAGUGAUUCUGAAAAUAAUAGUGAGUCGUUGAUAAAACAAAGAAGGCCUACAGGCUUCGUAAGAAAAGAAGAGUUGGAUAAUUUGGAAAAACAAGUAAAUUUCCAGUUAAACGACGAAGAACACGAAACAAUUUCUAAAGAAAAUGAAGCCUUGAAGCAAAGAAGACCUACUGGUUUUAUAAGAAAGGAAGAAGUUACCAAACAAGUCAAUUUCCAAUUCAAUCAAAACUCAGAUGAAGAUGAGAAAAUUGAAUUUGGAAAUGAACAACUAAGGCAACGAAGGCCUACGGGUUUUAUUAGAAAAAAGGAACUUAAGUGUUUAGAAAAUCCUGCUCCCAUAUAUCAACCACCAACUGACAACAAUCACAACGACUUUGAUGAUAAUUUAUGGCAAGAGAUGGAAAAAGAUGUGCAACAUGAUUUCUCCAACAAUAUUGAAGAGGAAUUUGCCAAAAUACGUCAUUCCUACGAACAGAAUGAAGGAGAUUUCCUAGAACAAAAAUCCCCCUUAAAUAGUCCCCAACAACCUUUAGGCUUUGGCAAAAGUAUUGAAGAUGAUUGGCUUAACUUUGAAAAAUUAAAACCACAACGUACUAAGGAAAUCUUGCAAUCACCACAAGAAAUUAAAAUAACUUUUAGUGAGGCUGAAUUGGCAGCUACCACCUCAAUACUCAAAGAACACAAAUUAGAUGAAGAUAUUCAAGCUAAGCCACGCAAAAGUAAAGUAACAUUUGAUUUUAAGACCGAUGAACGUCUUAUACCGGCCAGAAAACACCACAAUGAUUUAGAAUAUGACAUGGACAAUGAUGAUGACGUGUAUGAUAAACCGCCACCGCCUAUACCACCACAACCCAUGCAACGCUUGUCGAAUAUAAAUUAUAAUAACGAAACAACAAUGACACCAAUUGUGGCCAUACCCACAAAAAUUUCAUUAUUUGGUUCUCAAGUAUCUCAUGAAGAUUAUAACGAGGACAGUUGGUCAGCCAUACGUAAACAUCGCAACUUAACUGUAGAAUUCCAAAAUAUUAACACAGACUCUAAAUUGUCGUCACCACCGCCUACCUUUAAUACGCCACCACCUAAGCCUUCCUAUCGCAAUCCUAUGGCUCAACUGGCUAUACAACGUGCCAAGGAGGUGCGUGCCGAUAUGGAUGGUUUUAAGUCUCGUUCUAUAAACGACAGAAAACCAGAGUCUGCGAGAAGGCAAAAUCAGAAAGUAUUAAAUUUAAAUAAUGAUGAUUACGAUGGUACUGAUGCUUAGCUUAUUGUAAUUUAUAUAUGUUAAAUUAUUGUUUUAGAUAGAAGGAGUAUUUCAAUUGAUAUACUCUAAUUUAAAUAAACUUUUUAUGAUAAAA